UUUUCUCUGUUUUUUCGGAUUGGAUCAGUGGAAGAGAAGAUCAAUGGCGUCUCCAUCAUCAACGAGGAUCUGGUUCCGUAUACUGAUCGUUAUAGGUUUAAUGGUGGUUCUUUUUUAUGUCGGCCGUCCUCUCUACUGGAAGAUCUCCGCCACAAUCCACGAUAUCCGACACAACAAGCAAUCAGUCAGAGAAGGUAUAUCGCAGAUCGUUCAAGAAGCGCAGAGAUCGGUGGGAUGGUAUCACGACGAAUCAGAUUCAGGUUUCCGAGAAGGUCACAACAAGAAAUCUGGAGUUGCUUCUUCUCGGAGGCUUCUUUUUGCUGAAGAUCAGUGAGAAAUCUUCUCCUUUUUUUUUUUUGUCUCAAGUUAUCGAAAUAAUUUGUACUACUGUGUUUUUUUUUUUUUUGUAGAUUUUGAGAUUUUGGUUUGGUGUGUAAAGCAAAUAGUAGGAUGCUGUAAGUUUCAGAACAUAGUGCGUUAGAUCGAUCAAAACAAAGACAAAAGUUAUGGUGUUUACUGGUUUUGUUGCAUAUUGCUUCUAGCUAGUUUUGUGAGUUUUUUUUUGCUU